AUGCUCGAGGAUUGUUUAAAGUGUGGAGUCGCUUUAAUUGAAAAAGCAAACGUUGGUUCUGAAGUUGUUGUUGCUGUUUCUGUUGUACUAGUCGUUGUGGAAAUCAUACUUCCUUCAUUUCUCGAAGUAGUCGUUGAAGAAACGGUUGUUGCAGUAGUAGUAACUGCGCUGGAAGUCGUAGAUGUUAUCGUAGUAUUCGUAGCGGGAAUCGCUGCUGUCGUCUCCAAACUGGUGGCGGUCGAUGUAGCUGUGGUAGCGAUAGUGGUAGGAGAUGAAGCAGUAGUAGUGCUUUCGAUCGGCGUCGAUGCUCCUGUCGUUGUAGUCGUAUAG